AUGCCUACAGCUGUCAUGAUGGAGGAAAACUACGACAAACUCCUGGAACAAUGUGAAUCCCAGGAGCUGGAGGCGCCAGGGGGCAUCGCAACACCUCAAGUUUACGCUCAGCUGCUGGCACUAUAUUUACUGCACAAUGACAUGAAUAACGCAAGGUACCUAUGGAAAAGGAUUCCUCAAGCAAUAAAAUCAGCGAACCCCGAGCUGGCGGCCAUUUGGGCGGUGGGCCAGCACAUUUGGCAGAGAGACUUCCCGGGGAUUUACACAGCCAUCGCAGCACAUCAAUGGUCAGAGAAUAUCCUCCCAGUGAUGGAGGCGCUACGAGGAAGGGGCUUCUGUGAACAGAGGCUGAGGCUGGAGGAAUGUGUGCCCCGGCCUGCCACAGAUCAGGUGUCACAGCUGUGA